AAACAAAAACGAAAAAGAUCUCAACAAACGCAUAUGAUCCCACACCAUGGCAGAGGAAGGGAAGCCAGAUGCCCAACUGUUUCAGCUCCUCUCUGGUAUCCUCCAACAGGUUGAAGCAUUGACCAAUGAAGAAGAGGUUGAAUUGCGUUCAAAAAUUGAAGCCCUUGGAUUAGAGGUUACUAAACUUCCGUCAAAGUCAACUCAUCAUCUGGAUGAGCUGGAAAUAGCCAAGGAGUUGGAUAAGUUAUCGGCAAAGUUGGAUGAUGUAGAUGAGAUGAUAUCUUCAGCGAUGGCUUCAGAUCCUCAGGUGAAGUCACUGCUGAGUGGUACUGCUGAUGUAUGGAUGCCAGUUAUUACUGCCAAUGCUGAUGAACGACGUAAUUUUACCUCAUCAAUAGCAGAUGACAGCCCAGAAGCAAAAGGGAAAAGUUUCAAUUAGUUGUUGAAUCUUAUUCUAAUAUAGUUUCAUUUUUCAUGUUUGUUUGAUCUUCCUAAUAAGAAAUUUAUUCUUCCUUCUUUUAGGCUCUUACAUGGCUAAGUUUUUUGUUUUGUUUUUAUUUGUAUUUUGAUAUUAUUAUUAUUUUUUCAAUGGUGGAGGGAAGAUUUGAACUUGGGACCUUCCAACGUUGGGAAGAGAAAUACCAGUAGACCAAAUUGGUGUAAAUGUUUUGUUUCUUAUGUACUCAUUGAUGUAUAUGUGUUGGUUGUCCAUUUUUAGAGACUGUAA